AUGAAGAUGUUAGAUGCUUGGGAUAUCUUAUUGUCAAAGUUAGAAGAUUUUUCAGUUCGUGGUAUAAAGUUCUAUACACCAUCUCCAAACUUCUAUUCUAUCUUCACUGGAUAUAAAUACGAACAAGUAGAAUGGAAAGAAAAUGUUAUAGAAGCUUGGUUAGACCAUGUCAAAGAAAUUAUAUGCAAUGGAAACGAAAGAGUCUAUGAGUAUAUCUUAUGUUGGUUUGCAAACAUCUUACAACAUCCAAGUGCUAAAAAUGAAACUGCUCUCAUUAUAAUUGGAAAACAAGGAACUGGUAAGAACACUUUCUUUACAGAUAUCUUAUGCAAACUGUUAGAGGGCUAUUCGAACCCGAAUAUGACAAACUUAGAAAACAUCUGCGGUAAAUUUAACUCUUCAAUAGAGAAUAUGAAACUUAUAGUAUGUAACGAACUUCAAAGUAUAGAUACAACAAAAGUUUUGAACUCAGAUGCUUUGAAGAGUCUUAUAACAGACAAAGUUGGAGUUGUUGAAAGAAAAUAUAAAGACCAAAGAGUUUGUGAAAAUGUUGCAAACUUCGUCAUGGUUUCAAACAAUGUUGUUCCGAUGAAGUUAGAAAGUUCUGACAGAAGAUAUGUAGUUGUCAGAACGUCAGAUUCUCAUAUGCAAGAUACAGAAUAUUUUGACGACUUAGCAGAAACUUUGACACCUAACUUUUACAACCACUUGUUCUCAUAUUUCAUGACAUUAGAUAUUUCAAAGUUCAAUCCAAGACAAAUUCCACAUACCGAAGAAAGACAAACGUUGUUAGAAGCAAACAAGAGUGUAUAUGAACUGUUUAUAGAUGAGACUAACUUUGAGUGUUUAGAUGAAAGGUCAUUGUACGACUCGUAUAAACAAUAUUGUCAAGAGUAUGGUUAUAUGGCAGCUUCUAA